GAUGCUCUACUCGUCCACUCGAUCGAGGUUCAGGGUUGACCCGGAGAGCGCUGCAGCUUGGAGGUCCUGCUCGCUGUUCCGCCCCCUUUUCUGCGUUUUCUCCAUAGUCCAACUAAAAUCAUCCAAGAAAUUGGCAGCCAUCUACGCCUACGCGGGCAUCUGUCCUAGGAUUGCAUCUGAAUUCGGAUUUCUCGCGAGCCUUGGCGUCCUCUCCGGACUCCAGGGGGAACAGAGCUAUGAUGAACGAGAUUCAGGAUGAGUCUGCAGUUGAUCCAGUUAUACUGAUUAACACUUUAUCAAUUGAUGAUGCCAAUAAUGGUGGCACUGGCAAAAAGAGGAAAUCAAAGUCCAAAGUGUGGGAGGAUUUCAUUCCUGUUUCAAGUGGUGGAAACAUUCAGAGUGCAAUAUGCAAACAUUGUGGGAAGCGCCUUAGUGGGAGAAGUUCUGGAGGAACAAGCCAUUUGGGCCGGCAUCUGAAGAUUUGUCCUGGGAGACCUGGGAAAAGUAUGGAGGGGCAAAAGAAUUCAUCUUCACAGACUAACCCAUCAAUCCUGCAGAACUGGGAAUUUGAUCAGGAGAAAUCAGCGGAAGACCUUACUAGCUUGAUAAUCUCCAACCUAUGCUCCUUCUCAAUAGUGAAAAGUACAAGUUUUAUCCAGUUUGUGGCUAGCAAGCUACAAUUGAAGAAAAGCUUAUUGCUAUUUUUCAUAAGGAAAAGUUGAAGCUAAAAGAGAAAGUGACAAAUGCAUCCGGUGGAGUUUUUUUAUCUGUUGGAAUGUGGGGCCUUGUAUUUUCACCGACCUUUCGGUGCUUCACUGUGCAUUUCAUUGAUGAGAAAUGGAAGAUGAAUAGAAGAAUAAUAAGUUAUAGAUGUGCAGGAACUGAAAAUGAUGAGGAUCAUUACUAUAUCAGCAUGUUUCCUGAUUGGCAGUCCUUCUGCAAUUUAGGUGAUUCGGAUAAGACGAAACUGCAAGUAGUUAAAGAUUGGGGUAUUCAGCAGAACCUUUUAGGAUUGACAUCACAAGUACCGGUGGAUAAUGAAUUCAUAUCGGGCAUAGAGGCAAGUCUUUCAGGAAGCAAGUAUCUUCUUUCCAAAUUUAAGCUAUUAACUGUUCCUUGUUUGGUGGAUGCAUUGGAUAGGCUUUUCGGGUAUGAAACCAAGAAAAUUAUUCAGGAAACAAGUCGGUCUUACUUCUGCUAGAUGACUGGCUCUUCAGUGCAUAAGCAGAAGUAUAACCAAAUUAUUUCAAGUAUGCACCUAAAGCAUCCAUCCUUUGGAUCUAAACAAUGGUACUCAACUUUCUACCUAUUGGAGGUCAUUUUGAAGUUCUGCAAGGCAUUUCCCGAUAUUGAUAUAACAGAUCGAUUGUAUUAUAAAGAACCAACAUCUGAGCAACUAGAAGCAGCAGAAGCUUUUUGCAAGAUUGGAAGACCGAUCUACCAUGCAACGAGGGUCAUUUGUAACCCUCAUAAUGCUUCCAAUACGUACUUUGAUCCACUGUGGCGUUUGAGGAUUGUGUUGCAAGAAUCAUCUAGCAAACCUGACAUUAAAAGAGUCCUUGAUGUUGAGAAUAUGAACAGAAAUUUUCAGAAGCAUUGGGACAAAUGGUACCUAUGGCUGUCUGUAGCUGUGGUCCUGGAUCCAAGACAUAAGACCAGGUUUGUAGAAUUUCGCUUUCGACAAGCUUUUGGUACCAGUGCUAAAAUGUACAUCUCUGAAGUUCGUGGGAAGAUAUGUGAACUCUUCACCAGUUAUUCUUGCCACACCCGUCAGAAAAGUAUCUUAGCUCGCACAAACAAUGAAUUAUCGCGGCAGGUGUCUGAUAGCUACUCAUUACGAGACACAAAUCAGAGCUACAAUGAGCUGAGUGAACAAGGGAAAUUUAAAGAACUUAACGAUUAUCUUGGAGGUGAACUUCAUCUGCAAAAUCAUGGAGAGUACUUCGGAGAGACAUUUGCUUCUGCAAAUGACGCUGCUUUUCAUGGAGAGCAAGUUUAUUGGCAAAAUGAUGAUUUUGAUAUUCUGAAAUGGUGGAAAGACAAUGAGUCAACAUAUCCAACUCUCGCUGCUAUUGCACGUGAUGUUCUAGCCAUACCUGGAUCCGCUGUUCCCUCUGAAGCUGCAUUUGAUGUUGCUGAUGAGCGGGCAAGGCUAUUCGAGACAGAGCUCAGUCCUCAAACAGCUGAAGCCCUUAUUUGCACUCAGAGUUGGAUUUCAUGAUGUGGAUUGUAACUUUAAUCUAUGGGGCAAUGCUAAGCUGUGGAGGUCUGCUAACUCAGAAGAUUCAGGGCGCCGUUUGCUUUGGAUCAAGGUUGAGAAGAUACAACAGUGCUGACUCUGUAUAAUCCUGGAGGCCAAAAAAGAGGCACAUCAUCGCAUGGUGAAAGAAGCACGAUGCAGUAUCUCCUCGCUAGCUCACCCCUGAUGAAGAUGAUGAUAUUUGAUGUCCUGAUGUGGGACCUGACCUCAUGUUUGACUAGUUUCCCUCAGAUAGGGCUUUUGGUUAUGGCUAGAUUGUUAUAUGAGACUUUAUAUGGAUGUUGUUUAUGCUCAAUUCGUUAUCUUUCCUGCAUAGCUGGUAGACUGCCGGCAAGAUUUGUUUUUCUGUAGAGAAGACAUUAUGGUUUCGUUUUCACUAGUAGAAUGAGCCGGCGAGGGGCCACCCUGUUGAUCUAGAAGAAAACAGGGUUGCUAUUUCUCAAUAAACAGUCCGAUCUGAGCGGAUUUUUCCUUUUU